UUCCUCUAACCUCUAACCUCUCUCUAACUGGUCUGGUAUAACUUAAGGGUUAGAGCUUUUUGUAAACAGAACCGACACUAUUAACGAAUAUGAUAUUGGAUGUUGGCUCUUUGGCACAUGACAAGAUAAAUUAGACUAAAUCUUGAACCAUAAUGGAUGAAACUGCCGUUAGUUCAGGAAAAAAACAAAGGGGGAAAAAUCAGAGAGACAGGAGAAAACGUCAGGAAGAGCCGAGUGAGUCAGUCAGUUCUGUUGCUACUGCUGGUAGUGUUACUGACCCACAACCUCAGAGGAGUAAUAGACGUCAACGGAAUGAAGUAGUAGCCCCUCCAACCAAUAACGUAGUGACUGUAGCCCCUUUCACAGGUACAGAUGGUAAGGUGCCAGCAGAGAAAGAAAACGUUACUAUUGACUUCAGCAACUUGAAGAGAGAAACAGAAGAGAUUGCAAAACUAACCAAGAAGUUUGCAAAACGAAACAUCUCCAGCAACUGGCAUCGAUACUCUGCUCCACAAGGACCAGAAGAUGACGGCAAGGAGGAAGAAGAAGGGCCAGCAGAUUUCUCAGCUCUGAUUCAAGUGCCGUCUUCAAAAGGGGGGCACUUGCAGCUGAAGGAUGAACGAGAGUGGUCGUCUGCUUCUAAUGAACAGCUUGGUGGCUACUUCGCUCUCAAUAUGAAGCAGCUUAGUCACAGUCUUCAAUGUAUACCUCUCUAUGAACAACUAAGGCUUCCGAAACAUAUGUUUACUGAAGACGAAUUGAAACACUUUGACAACAUCGCUAGUCAGGCAAGAAAAACAUUCAAGCCAGAUGCUGUUGAAAAUCCCAAUGAUUUAGUUUCAAGAACAUUGUCAAAUCUGAUAAUUGAUGGUGAGAAAUCAGAGUCUCAAAUUACUGCAAAUAAUGAUAUACAAACGUCAAAUACUAAAGAAAACUGUCUAAAAUCAACAAAUAUUAUUUUACAGUCAGAUUUAUUGCCUGAAACUACUUUAACUGAUAACCAGGAUUCUUUCAAGAGCCAAAGAGUUGUUAACAAUGAUAUAGCUGCAUUGAAUAUUGUUAAAGUGGAAGAGCCAAAGAUUGAUGUUAGCAAUGAGUUUUCUUCAUCGUGUAAGUUUAAAGAGAACGAAACUACAGAGAAAAGUAAUCUCCCAGAUAAAUUCCAAGAUGAUAUUCAACAGACUUGUAAAAAUAACAUUUUAAGUGAUGUUAUAGCAGAAGUUCCUUCUAGCAAAAAUGAUAUUAUAUCAAUAAAAGAAACAAAAGAAAAUAAUCCACAAAGUAUAACAAUAGAUCAACCCAAGGAGAAACGUACGAAAAGUAAAAGAGAACCAAAUAGUAAGGAUGAUGCUGAAAAUAAAACUAUCAAUGUUAAAAAUACUCUAAAGAUUGAAGAUGAUGACGAGUUAGACUUUUUGUUGUCUAUAAAAAAACCAGGAAUCCCAGAAAACAAGAAACCUGUCUCCAAUGUUGGACCUACCUUGAAGCCAGGAAGUGCAGCAUUAUCUCAAGGAUCGUCCGACCAACAACAUUCUGAGUUAGAUGAUUGGUUGGACUCUGUGUUGCAAGACUGAGAGCUAAUGUGGAUAUUCAUCUUGACUGCAGAAACAGCGUUUCAUAGCAUGGAACUUUUAAUUACAGACAACUUUUAUGAAACAUUUAUAUUGUUAAAAUGAUACAACCAAUUUGUCAUAUUUAAUAACUGUAUAAAGAAUGUAAAAUGUAGCCUAUUUUAAGUAUAUUUAAAGUAUAAGUAUAUUUAAAAAAAAAGUUAUUUAUACAAUUUUUUAAGUUUGUAAAUAGAAUCUUGGUAAAAAAAGUAUUGGUUUUCACCGUUUUUGGUGGCAAUAAGACUACAAAAUACUGGCGGUAUGUAAUUACUUUGUUGCUAUAUUAUGUCUCUAACCUACCUUCUUUUAAAUUUGAGCUCGUUUGUACACGAUAGAUUAUGAAAAAAGACAAUAUUACUUGUUUACAAAAACAUAUUGUUGCUCAAACAUUUUCUAUAGGGUAAAAUUUAUGAGCAAAACUAUUCAAUAUAGGCCUAUGUGAUAAAAGUUAAAUAUUAUUAAAACCGAUUGAAACAAU